UGUUUCUAAGGUAUGUAGCGUAAUUGUUUUUUUGUAGAAAAGUGUUUUGGGGAAGUUAGGCCAUCGCAGAGAGAGGUGAUUUAUGGGCUGAGUGAGCUGUGACUUACAUCAAAAACGAGUCUCUCUGGGGAGAGAGAGGAGGAGACCACUGCCUCUAAAAUGAGUCUCUCUGGGGAGAGAGAGGAGUAGACCACUGCCUCUAAAAUGAGUCUCUCUGGGGAGACAGAGGGGGGGACCACUGCCUCUAAAAUGAGUCUCUCUGGGGAGACAGAGGGGGGGACCACUGCCUCUAAAAUGAGUCUCUCAGGGGAGACAGAGGGGGGGACCACUGCCUCUAAAAUGAGUCUCUCUGGGGAGACAGAGGAGGGGACCACUGCAUCUAAAAUGAGUCUCUCUGGGGAGAGAGAGGAGGGGACCACUGCCUCUAAAAUGAGUCUCUCUGGGGAGACAGAGGAGGGGACCACUGCUUCUAAAACAAGUCUCUCUGGGGAGACAGAGGAGGAGACCACUGCCUCUAAAAUGACUCUCGACACCAGUUCAAAGAGUGUCCAGAAGCCCAGAGCAGAGUCACCUACAACCAGCCUGCUAUCAAUGAGGAGUGAUCAGCCACCUGCUUUCAGCCAGGAACCAUUGCCAGAUGACAAUAAGGAAGUGGAGAGUUUGGACAGUGAGGAUGUAUUAAAGAUCACACACAACCUUCUGGACAGAAGAAGUCAAACUCUGCUGACAGUCCAACAAGACAUCAAGGCUAAACUGAAACACAAGUAUCAACACAUAUCUGAAGGAAUUGGACACCAUGGAAACCAAAGUCUGUUCAAAGACAUCUACACAGAGCUCUACAUCACAGAGGGUGGAAGUGGAGGGCUCAAUAAUGAACAUGAGGUUAGACAGAUAGAGAUGGCAUCCAAGAAACGAACCACACAAGAGACACCAAUCAAAUGCAACAACAUCUUCAAGCCUUUACCUGGACAAGACAAACCUAUCAGAACUGUGCUGACCAAAGGAAUCGCUGGUGUUGGAAAAACAGUCUCUGUGCAGAAGGUCAUCCUUGACUGGGCAGAGGGGAAAGCAAAUCAGGACGUUAAUUUCAUGUUUCCUCUUCCUUUCCGUGAUCUGAACCUGAAAAAGGACCAAUACAGUCUGAUGCAACUUCUUUCCCACUACUUCUCAGAGCUGAAAGAGAUUGACAGCAUUGAAGAUGGUGAAACCAAAACUGUUUUCAUUUUUGAUGGUCUGGAUGAGUGUCGACUUCCUCUAGACUUCAAAAACAAUGAGAAGUGCUGUGAUGUCACGAAGCCAACCUCAGUGGACGUGCUGCUCACAAACCUCAUCAAGGGGAAUUUGCUUCCCUCUGCUGUACUCUGGAUAACUUCACGACCUGCAGCAGCCAAUCAGAUCCCUCCUGAGUGUGUUGACCAGGUGACUGAGGUACGAGGGUUCAAUGAUCCACAGAAGAAGGAGUACUUCAGAAAGAAAAUCACAGAUCAGAAUCUGGCCAAUGAAAUCAUCAAACACAUGAAGACAUCAAGGAGCCUCCACAUCAUGUGCCACAUACCAGUCUUCUGUUGGAUAUCAGCCACUGUCCUUGAGAUGAUGCUGAAAGAGGCAGAGAAGGAUGAAGUCCCCAAAACUCUGACCCAGAUGUACUCACACUUCAUACUCAUCCAAAUCAUUGCGAAGAACAAGAAGUACAACAAAGCCACAGAGACAAACCCAAAGGAACUGUCUCAGUCAGACAAAGAGAUGAUCCUGAAACUGGCCAAGCUGGCUUUCCAACAGCUGCAGAAGGGCAACCUGAUCUUCUAUGAGGAGGACCUGAGAGAGUGUGGCCUUGAUGUCACAGAGGCAUCAGAGUACUCAGCAUUGUGUACAGAGAUCUUUAAAGAAGAAUCGGCACUGUACCAAGAUAAGGUCUACAGCUUUGUGCAUCUGAGCAUUCAGGAGUUUCUAGCAGCAGUGCAUGCUUUAGAAUCAUGUCUGGGCAAGAAGGAAAAUGUUUUCUCCCCCACUAGUGAUGAUGAAGAGAAGGAGUCAAUCCAGUUGUCUGACUUACACAGGACAGCAGUGGACCAGGCCUUGAAGAGUGAGAAUGGACACCUGGACCUGUUCCUCCGCUUCCUUCUGGGUCUCUCACUGGAGUCCAAUCAGAAUCUGUUACGAGGCCUUCUGACACAGACAGGAAGUACAACACAGACCAAUGAGGAAGCAGUUAAGAGAACAGUCAGGUACCUUUCAUACAAGAUCAAGGAGGAAUCCUCGCCAGAAAGGAUCAUCAACUUGUUCCACUGUCUGAAUGAACUUGGUUCCAACUCUCUAGUUGAAGACAUGCAGACCUCCCUGCAUUCAGGAACUCUUUCAGAAACAAGACUAAAACCUGACCAAUGUUCAGCCCUGGCCUACCUGUUACUGAUGUCAGAGGAGGUGCUGGAGGAGUUUGACCUGAAGACGUACAAAACAUCAGAGGAAGGUUAUCAGAGGUUGCUGCCUGUAGUGAAAACCUGCAAGAGAGCACUACUGGAUCACUGUAAACUCACAUAUAAAUCCUGUGAGACUCUGGCCUCAGCUCUGCAGACACCAAACUCUCCCCUGAGAGAACUGGACCUCAGCUACAAUGACCUGGGAGACAGAGGAGUGGAGCUGCUCUGUGUUGGACUAACCAGUCCACUCUGCAACAUACAGACACUAGUACUGGCUGACUGUUACCUCACAUAUAAAUCCUGUGAGACUCUGGCCUCAGCUCUGCAGACACCAAACUCCCCCCUGAGAGAACUGGACCUCAGCUACAAUAACCUGGGAGACAGAGGAGUGGAGCUGCUCUGUGUUGGACUAACCAGUCCCCUCUGCAACAUACAGACACUAGUACUGGUAGACUGUAAACUCACAUAUGAAUCCUGUGAGACUCUGGCCUCAGCUCUGCAGACACCAAACUGCCCCCUGAGAGAACUGGACCUCAGCUACAAUGACCUGGGAGACAGAGGAGUGGAGCUGCUCUGUGUUGGACUAACCAGUCCACUCUGCAACAUACAGACACUAGUUCUUGGUCAGUGUGGUCUGACAGAGGGUUGCUGUUCAGAUCUGGCCUCAGGACUGAGUUCACCCAACUCACAACUGAAACAACUGGAGCUGAGAGACAAUGACCUGCAGGACUCAGGAGUUACACUGCUGUCUGCUGGACUGGAGGAUCCAGACUGUAAACUACACACACUGGGGCUGUCUGGCUGUCUGGUCACAGAGGAGGGCUGUGCUGCUCUGUCUUCAGCUCUGAUAUCAAACCCCUCCCACCUGAAAGAGCUGGAUCUGAGCUACAAUCACCCAGGAGACUCUGCAGGGGGACUGCUUUCAGCCUCUCUGGUGGAUCCCACAUAUAAACUGAUGAAGCUGAAGUAA